GCCACUUACAAGUUACAACAAUGGAAUUUGCCUCUUAAUAUGAGAACGUCAAACCCGCACCAGAUCAAUAGAUCCAACAGAUAUAGUUGACUACUAAUUCGUUUCAAAAAGAAAAAAGAAAAAAAUUGUGUGAAUCUAAUUCCGCCGGCAUGGCCCCUCCUAUAUCCAAUACAUCAGCCGAGCCCACGCUCUACGACAUCCUGUCGCUAACCCCCAAGCACCUAGCGGGCCAGGCCGGCAUAGCCCAGCAGCAGAAGAUCGUGAAGCAAGCAUACCACCGCGCGCUGCUAAAAUACCACCCGGACAAAUCAGCCAGUGGCAACCCUCCCGAGGGCAGCAGAACAUCCACCCCAACACCUUCUGCUUCUACUUCUACUUCUACUCCCUCAAAGCCAGGUCCCAAACAGACAUCACAACCGCGCAUCACAUACACCGUAGACCAAAUCCAGCACGCCUACGCCGUCCUCUCAGACCGCAAGCAGCGCGCAGACUACGACCGGGCUCUGCGCACCGCGCCCUCCCAGCGGCCCUCGCAGUCUUCCUCCUCCUUCCAGACGGGCGUCGAGACCGUCGAUCUAGACGACCUGGCGUUCGACGAGCGGACGGGGGUGUACUACCGCCCCUGCCGCUGCGGCAACGCGCGCGGGUACGCGUUUACCGAGGACAACCUCGAGGAGUUCGAAGACGACGGCGUCUUGAUGGUCGAGUGUCUCGACUGCAGUCUCUGGAUCCGGGUUUUAUUCGCCGCGGCUGAUGAUGACGAUGACGAUGACGAUGAUGGUGAUGGUGAUAACGACGAUAACAACGUCGUAGCUACUACCACCAGCCUCGCGAGAAGCGCCAGCACUACAGUUCGCUCGGCGGCCGUCGCACUAACGAUAGGAAGAAGCGCAGACGCCGUCACAUCGGCAGGGGAGAGACGGGGCAGCGGCACCGGCAGGAACUACACGUUUAACUGGAGUUUCAACUGGGGCCUCUCAUUAUCGGGGUCCGCGACGGCGGGGACCAGCACAAGCAGCAGUUCGCGGAUGUAGCAGCUGGCUGCCAAGAGACAUCGGGAUAUAACCCAAUAUCUAUCACGAGACAUGGAUUCGUUGUAGAUGUCGUCACAACUUGAUCCGAUAGGCUCGCUUUCGCUUCUACCCCAACAGAUGAAAUAUAUCACGUGGCCUGGACGUCUACAUCUAAAUCGAUGGAAAAGGUGAUUUACUAUUGUGGUAUACUUACAUAGUACGAAGGGCAUAUUAGGAGUACAUACUGGGUAGUAGGAGAGAGUGCGUGGAGCGUGGAAUUACUCGGGUAUGAUAUAAUGUGAAUGAUUAACGAGCUAGCAGUAUAAUCAAAAAGGGCAAGAUAUUAUCUACCCGUACAGUGAAAGGCUUACAGAUACU